GCCAGCCAGCACCGGGAGUGAGCGCCACCGGCCCAGGCGGGCAGAGAGGAGGGGGACCCCGGCAGCGAGAGGGGGCUCAGUGACCGGGAGAGAGCGGGACCCCCCCCACCCCAUGCGUGCCCCCCCCGAGCGAGCGCGCCUGCCAGGCAAAGCCCCGCUGCCCCCGGCCUGAAUGCAUGUAGGCGCCGGCUGCAUGGACGCUCCGGGGAGGAUGCUCGGGCUAUAGGCACCUGCCCCUGCUCGCGGCUCGGGGCCCCGGGAGGAGAGCUCGCCCCCGUGCUGCCCCAGGCAUGAUCUCCUAACGGGGCUGGCUUCGUCUCUCUGGCGCCUUCCCCAUGGAAUUAGCUGCGGUCGCCGGCCGGAGCUCGUGAGCCUGGGCUGCCCGCCGAGCGGGGACCGGCCCCCGGGAACUGGAGGAUACUGCAACAUCCUCGGGGACAUACAGAAAGCUGAGCUGGAGGCUGUGUGGGACUUAAAAAGGACUUCCAGUUGGUGGUAGCCUGAGGAACUUCCUUUCACGCCAAUGUUGCUCCGAAACUAAUUGUCGCCAGAAUUCGGAACUAUCAGGUUUGCUAAGCGUCUGUACUGAUAUAAUCAAAUGCAGUGCUCCACGUACUCUGCCGGAGUCUACACUGUUUACAAACAAACUCCCAUGGAAAUUCCUGCCAUUAAAUUAUGCCUCAGGAACAGUACGCACACAGGAGCGCCAUGCAGAGCUCGGAAGGCCCGCAGGUAUACAAAGUGGGGAUUUACGGCUGGAGGAAGAGAUGCCUCUAUUUCUUUGUGCUACUCCUAAUGAUUUUAAUCCUGGUGAACCUUGCCAUGACCAUCUGGAUUCUCAAGGUUAUGAAUUUCACAAUUGAUGGAAUGGGGAACCUGAGAAUCACAGAGAAAGGUCUGAAGCUAGAAGGAGAUUCAGAAUUCUUGAAACCUCUCUACGCCAAAGAAAUCCGGUCCAGACCAGGCAAUCCAUUGUACUUCCAAUCUGCCAGAAAUGUUACAGUGAACAUUCUCAAUGAGAAGACUAAAGUCCUUACUCGUCUUGUAACAGGUCCCCAAGCAGUGGAAGCACACAGCCAAAAAUUCGAGGUGAAAUCCCUCUCUGGAAAAUUGCUGUUUUCUGCAGAUGACAACGAAGUGGUCGUGGGAGCAGAGAGACUGAGAGUUUUAGGAGCAGAAGGCACAGUGUUCCCUAAAUCUAUAGAAACUCCCAGUGUCAGGGCAGACCCCUUCAAGGAACUAAGACUCGAGUCACCCACCCGCUCUUUGGUGAUGGAGGCUCCAAAGGGAAUCGAAAUUAACGCAGAGGCCGGCAACAUGGAAGCCACAUGCAGGACGGAGCUGAGGCUGGAAUCAAAAGAUGGAGAGAUCACGCUGAAUGCUGCAAAUAUCAGACUACCUAGAUUGCCUCGAGCAUCCCACUCCUCUACUGGAUCCAGGCAAAAAAUCUACGAGCUGUGUGUGUGUUCCAAUGGGAGGUUAUUCCUGUCUCAGGCAGGAGCUAGUUCCACCUGCCAGAUAAACACAAGCAUCUGUUCUUAAGAGACGGUUCGCAGCAGGCAUUGCAGGCAGCACAAAGGCCCCGUUCUGGUCUCACAGAUAGCAGCUGCCAACUAUUUUUGCUAGAACCCAGAAAGCCUAUCAAAGACUUUUUUGUGUGUGUGCGCGUGUGUGAAUAUAUAUAUAUGAAUAUAUAUAUAUAAAAAGAUAUAUAUAUCCUCUGUGUAAAAUGAUGUUUCAGUACAAUGAAUCCCAGGGUGACCCUAUUACAUUCUGUUAAAUUGGACUCACUACUCUCUGAACCCUUUUGUAUUAAUAUAGUCUAAUGGCCCUCCCUUAUUACUCACCGUCUCCUCAUAGCAAUGGGAACAAUGUCUGAUUCAGUACAUGAACUGACGUACUCCUGGCAUCAUGCAAGAGGAGAACAACAACUCUGAUCAUUUUUGCACCAUUAAAAAUCAGUGGCAACAGAAUGGCCAGCAAGGCAGAGCAAAUGGCCUCGAGAACUCCAAGACGCCUGUCACUAAAUUACACUCUCUUUUAAAUCUAAAGUAGAGCAGCCUAAUUGGGAGACUCUACACUGCCCACCGGGAAAACUGGGUUUGAUUCCCAGUGCUGGUCUCCCACCACUUAGCCUUGGGAAGCAGGGAAUAUAGGCCCCAAUCCUGUUCUCGGUGGAGUAAAUGGCAAAACUCCCAUUGACUUAAGUGGUGCUGGAUCAGGCCCAGAGAAGGUAGAGAAUAGCAUGCACCAUUCAGCUGUGAAGCACCCUGCCAGUGAAGGGGCGAUGUUUAAUGGGCUCUGAAGGGAACCCCUUUCAGUCCUCCUGGGCAGAUAGAGGUAUAAAAGAUCAGGGAAUUUGACAUGUACGUGGGGAUCACUGCCUCUGGGAGAAAAAUCAAAUUCAGGCUAAUUCUGUUUUCCUGGGGUUUACAAUAGUGAUCCCUGUUUGUGUAACUCACAUUUUAUUACGUUACUUUGCAUCAACAGAAAAACUAACUGUGUGAAUGCCACAUCCCCCGUUAAAAAAAAAAAAA